AUGAGUUCUAAAAAGGGUAAGCGUAAUUUAAGCAAUAAGCACGCCCCAAUAGCGGAAUCGGUCAGUAUAGCCUUAAAGAUACAGUUGGAUAAAUUUCUAAGUGAUGACAAUGAAACAGAACUCAAGUUUCCAUCGUUCCUAUCAGCUCAAGAGCGAAGGUUUAUCCAUGAAACCGUUGCCAAAUUGGGACUUAAGUCUAAAUCGCGCGGGAAAGGAGUUAAUCGCUACAUAACAAUAUACAAAAGAAUCGGCUCUACUAUUGUACAAAACGAUGCCAAAUUGAUACUCGACUCGAAUAUGAGAUGUAGUAUUACGGAGCUAUUCAAUACAUUUCCAAUCACUAGCAAGGAGAAGGAUGAUUUAAGUUGUUGCCCCGAAAAAGAAAGGAGCCCUCAAUUAGCACACAAGUCUUUGGGACAGCUAAAUAAUGGAGUUGCACAGAUACCAAACACGACUUAUAACCCAGAGUUAGUCAAGUUCCGAGAAAAGCUUCCGGUGUAUGAUCAGCGACAGGAACUCCUAAAUGCUAUCCAAAAUAAUCAGGUUAUAAUUGUGGCUGGUGCUACAGGCUGUGGUAAGACAACACAGUUACCGCAGUUGAUCUUGGACUACUGUCAGGAGAAUCAUCAACCGGCGAGGAUUUACUGCACACAACCUAGAAGGAUUUCAGCUGUGUCUGUUGCUGAAAGGGUGGCAUUUGAACGUAUGGAGAAGAUAGGCCAGUCGAUCGGAUAUCAAAUACGACUGGAAUCGAGAGUGAGUCCAAGAACAGUACUCACAUACUGCACCAACGGAGUGUUACUGAGAACAUUAAUGGCAGGAGAUACGGCUCUAACAGGUGUGACUCAUGUUCUAGUAGACGAGGUCCAUGAGAGGGACAAGUUCAGUGACUUCCUUCUGAUAGCUCUACGAGACUCACUUACGAGGAUGAAGGAUCUCAAGCUAUUACUCAUGUCCGCUACUAUGGAUACACAAAUAUUCUCCAGAUAUUUUAACGGCUGUCCUGUUAUUACAAUACCGGGUCGAUUACACGAAGUACAACGCUUCUACUUGGAAGACAUAUUGAAAAUAACCAAGUAUAGUACAAAGAAGAUGGUGCAAGUUGAAAGGGAACUCAAGAGUAAACUUCAUACGGGACAGAGUUACUGGUCUCAACUUGAGAAUCAGAAAUUAAAUCAAGAAGAGAAAGAAGUGAAGGAUGAGAAGGAGGUUCAAAUAGAUCCUGUGUUACAAGCUGAUAUGGAUGAAUUCCUUGAUGAAUGUUUCAAUGAAGGCAGUCUGGACUCGUUCAGCCAGGUGUUAUAUAUGGUGAUGUCGGAGGGUGUGCCCGCCUCGCUGCCUCACUCGCGCUGCGGGCGGACGGCGCUGGUGGCCGCCGCUACACACGGACUGCCGCAUGUCGCGUUACAGCUGCUCAGGAUAGGUGCUGAUCCAACAACGAAAGAUAAGAGUGGUAAAACACCGUACGACUACGCCGUAGAGAAUGGUCACCAUGAGUGUGCUAAGAUAUUGUCGACAUUUAAUCACGACGAAGAAAACAAGAAUAAUCAAGAAGAAGACGACCCAGAAGAUAAUUUUCUUCUAGACGUGUACUAUCACGCCUUCUCAGAAGAAUUGAUAGACCAUGAUCUCAUGUUGGCGCUAGUGAAACAUAUACACUUGACUAUGGCAAAGGGCAGUAUACUGAUUUUCCUCCCAGGAUACGACGAUAUAGUCACUCUGAGAGACCUCAUACAAGGCUGCUCAGAUAUGAACACUUUGAAGUUUCAGAUAUUUACACUACACAGUAACAUGCAGACGUUGGACCAGAAGAAGGUUUUCAAUCCGCUGCCGAACGCGAGGAAGAUUAUUAUAUCGACCAACAUAGCGGAGACGUCUAUAACGAUUGAUGACGUGGUCUACGUUAUAGACUCGUGCAAAGUGAAAGAGAAGUAUUAUGAGUCGGAUGGAGGUGUUUGUUCGUUGCAAUGUGUAUGGACUUCAAGAGCAUGUUGCCAACAGCGGGCUGGUCGCGCGGGUAGAACUAAACCGGGUAUUUGCUAUCACAUGUGCUCCAAACGAAGAUUCAAAACUCUACCACUCAACUCAAUACCGGAAAUAUUAAGAGUCCCUCUCCAAGAGUUGUGUCUUCACACCAAAUUAUUGGCACCUGGCAACACUCCGAUAGCGGAUUUCCUCUCGAAAGCCUUAGAACCUCCGUCGUUCCUGGCUGUUCGGAACGCUGUGACGUUACUCAAAACUAUCGGCGCGCUGACUCCUAUGGAGGAUUUGACGGAAAUCGGACAACAUCUUUUAGAUCUGACCGUUGAACCGAAAUUGGGAAAAAUGUUGCUUUACGCUUGUGUCAUGAAAUGUCUGGAUCCGAUAUUGACGAUCGUAUGCAGCUUAGCUAACAAGGAGCCCUUCCAAAUAUCGCUGAAUCCUGAGAAUAGAAAGAAAGGUAGUUUAGCGAGGAAGGAGUUCGCAGCUGAUAGUUAUUCAGAUCACAUGGCGUUACUGCGGGCCUUCCAAGCCUGGCAGAUGGCGCGGGCUAACGGCGCGGAGAAGGCUUUCUGCUCGAGGAAUCUAAUAUGCGGCGCGACUAUGGAAAUGAUCGUAGGGUAUAGAUCACAGCUGUUAGCGCAACUUAGAGCUCUGGGUCUGGUUAAAGCUCGAGGCUCGGGAGAUAUUAAAGACGUGAAUUUGAACUCGGAGAAGUGGCACGUGGUUAAAGCGGUGUUAGUGAGUGGUUUGUAUCCUUCUAUAGCGAGGGUUGAUAGAGAUUCAUCUACACUGAGGACGUCCAAGGAAGUGAAGGUGGCCUUCCAUCCUAGUUCGACGCUACAUCGCGGGGGAGGAGUGUCUGGCUCGCAGAAGUCGGUUCAAAGCUUACCGACCGACUGGGUAGUAUUCGAAGAGAUAUCAAGAGUCGGAAGGUUCUGUUUCAUCCGCUGCAAUACUCUUGUAACUCCAUUGACGGUCGCGUUAUUCGGAGGGCCAUUACGAGUAUCAACCGCCGCGCUCUCACAGCGAGCGAAUCCGCCGGGACUAUCUAGUGAUUCAGACAGCGAGGUUGAAGAGAGCAAUUCGUCCCCAGAUACGGCGAUAUUAACACUAGAUGACUGGAUGGCAUUCACAGCGGACGCGUCUGACGCGAUCAGCGUAUACUACCUACGGCAGAAGCUAUGCGCUCUAGUUAUACGCAGAAUGUCCAACCCUGCCAAGCCUAUGACACCAUUAGACGAGCAAAUACUGAACGCCGUAGUCCACGUAUUAGGAGCGGAAGAGAAAAACAUAGGACUCAACCAACCGACCGGCAUCGGACAGAGACCGAAACCUCUAACAUUAGAUUCACCAAACUGGAGGAUGAGGGUAGAUGAAGAACAAUACAGACACGAGAACAAAUACUACCCGCAGUAUAACCAAGGGGAGUUUACGAAUAACUUCUACCAGAAUAACUACGCGUAUAGAAAUGGCCAGAGAAGCGGCUGGCGGGAACCAGCGCAAGGCUUCUCGCCGCAAUACGGAGGACCUAAGAGUCCUAUGUCGCCGAAAGCUAUGGGGAGUAUGGAGAAAUAUGUUGAUAGUGAAGCAAACACGCGGUAUUUUAUAGUACGAGCGGAUGAAGUGCAUUCCGUUGAAGCUCUACAAGCUAGCGCCGGCGGGCUCUUCAACCAGAACACUGCGAAGAAACUUGUCAAAAUUAAACAGGAGGGUAGUCGCGUGGUGGUUUUCUUCUCAUGUUCGGGCGCGUCCAAGUUUAUCGGUGCUGCCACUAUCACGGACGGCAAUAAUGGAGCGACAGCCAGUAGUACCAACAUGAACAAUAACACCCCCACUCUAGAGUGGCUGUCUACACAACAUGUGCCCUACCAUAUGGUCCGUCACAUCGGUAACUCUCUAUCGGAUGGCGGGCGCGUGUCGUCUUGUAGGGACGGGACGGAGCUAUGUGUGUCGGCGGGGCGGGCUCUGCUCGCGACGCUCACCGCGAGGAGAAGACACGGGUACGGACAUCACGCUCACCCUAGACCCAUACAGAAACACGCAGCGGACGGCUAA